CGGCUCAGACUCAGGUAACACACUCUCUCAGGCAGCAGGAUGGCGAGUGUGUGUUUGUGUUGAGAAUGGAGAAGAAGGUGUGUGUGAUCCAGACUGACUUCCAGCAGAACAGACCCAUCAUCGCCAUACACAGCAAACCACUGGCCCACGUUCAUCCGCUGCAGACAGAGAUGAAGGACCGAGACGAGCUGAAGAAGGCGAUGGAGCAGAGUGAUCGUCUGCAGAGCCGCGUGCAGCAGCUGGAGGAGGAGAACACUGAGCUGAGCAGGCAGAAGCAUGAAGCAUUCGUCUGCAUGCGUGCUGAGCAGCAGAGCCUCCAGCAGGCUGAGCAGCGGUGUGAGCGUCUGCAGCUGCAGGUUUGUGUGCUGCAGGAGCGUCUGGAGGAUUCUGAAGGCUCCUCAGCUCAGCUUCUCUCCCAGAGACAGAGACUGGAGUCUGAGUGCUGUGAGCUGCGCAGAGACCUGGAGGAGCUGGAGAACACACACACCUUCGUGGAGAACCAGCGGCAGUCCUCAGACGCGGCGCUGAAGAAACUCUCGGAGGAUCUGGAGCAGAAGAACGAGCUGCUGCUGAAACUGCAGACAGAGAAGCAGAAACUGCUGGAGCUCGGACAGCAGGCCAUUGAGGAUCUGCAGUGUGAAGAGGAGAAGGUGAACCUGCUGACCAGAGAGAAAGCCCAGCUCCAGCUGCAGGCCGAGGACCUGGAGUUUGCGCUGGAGCAGGAGAGGAGACAGAGGACGGACUGGGAGAGAAGCAGACGGAGGCCGAACGGAGAAACCAAGAAAAACACGGAAAACCUGCCGGAGAUGAGCCGCAUGCGGAGCAGUCUGGAGGACAUGAUCAAGAGGAAAGAUGUAGAAAUAAACAACACCAGCAGCCUUCUGGAGGCCGAGGAGCUGCUGAACGCAAACCUGCAGAAGAAAAGCAAAGAGCUGCAGGUGCGCAUUGAGGAGCUGGAGGAGGAGCUGGAGGCAGAGAGAGGAUUACGAGCAAAGGUGGAGAAGCAGCGAGCAGAUCUCAGUCAUGAACUGGAGGAUCUGACAGACCGACUGGAGGAAGCAGGAGGAGCCACGGCCUCACAGAUGGAGAUGAACAGGAAGCGUGAUCUGGAACUGCAGCGGCUGCGCCGGGAACUGGAUGAGUCUGUGCUGCAGGCUGAUACGGUGUCAGCAGCGAUGCGCAAACGCCACAGUGAUGCGCUGUCAGAGCUCAGCGAACAGUGCGAGAGUCUGCAGAGAACCAGAGCCAAACUGGAGAAGGAGAAACAGAGCCUGAGUCUGGAGCUGGACGAGCUGACACACACACUCGACACACUGCAGAAGAACAAGGUGAACACUGACACUCAGCUGAAGAGGCUGGAGGAUCUGCUGUAUGAGGCAAACACCAAGAAUGAAGAGCUGCAGAAAACCCUGAGCGAGAGCACAGCAGCCAAAAACAGACUCACAGCUGAAAACACUGAUCUGGCGCGGCAUGUGGAGGAGAUGGAGAAGAAGAGCAUCCAGCUGAACCGAUCCAAAGCCCAGCUGACCAAUCAGCAUGAGGAUCUGAAGAGGCAGAUGGAGGACGAGCUGAAGGCUAAAGCGGCGCUCAGCAGCAGUGUGUGUUCACUGCAGCUGGAGUUGGAGGUGCUGAAGGAGCAGCUGGAGGAGGAGCAGGAGAGCAAACAGGAGCUGCAGCGACUCGUCUCCAAGCUCAACAGCGACGUCACACACUGGAGGAGCCGAUCUGAAGCGGACACUAUACAACACUGCGACGAGCUGGAGGAGACCAAGAAGAAGCUGUGUGCGCGUCUGCAGGAGGUUGAGGAGGCUGCGGAGGCCACUCAGGCCAAAUGCUGCAGUCUGGAGAAAAGCAAACAGAGACUGCAGGGAGAAGUGGAGGAGCUGUGUGUGGAUCUGGAGAAGGCCGUCAGUGUGUGUGCAGUGCUGGAGAAGAAGCAGAAGAUGCUGGAGCGUCAGCAGAGCGACUGGAAGCAGAAGAGUGAAGAUCUGCUGGUGGAGCUGGAGAACUGCAGGACGGAGAGCAGAAAACACAGCGCAGAGUUAUUCAAGAUCAGGAGUGUGUAUGAGGAGAGCAGCGAGGAGAGAGAGGCGCUGCGGAGGGAGAAUAACACACUGCAGGAGGAGAUUGCAGAUCUCACUGACCAGCUUUCAGAUGGAGGAAAGAGUGUUCAUGAGCUCCAGAAGAUGAAGAAAAAGAUGGAGAUGGAAAAAGAAGAGCUGCAGGCAUCACUGGAGGAGUCUGAGGCAGCACUCGAGGCGGAGGAGACGAAGGUUCUGCGUCUUCAGCUGGAGGUUUCUCAGGUUAAAGCAGACCUGGAGCGCAGACUGCAGGAGAAAGAAGAAGAGUUUGAGGCCGCCAGAAAGAGCCACCAGAGGGCGCUGGAGUCUCUGCAGGCCAGUGUAGAUGUGGAGUCGAAGGCUAAAACUGAAGCCAUGCGACAGAAGAAGAAGCUGGAGAGCGAUCUGACGGAGCUGGAGCUUCAGGUGGAGCAGCAGAAGAAGAGCAACAGUGAACUGAUGAAGAGCAGCAGGAAGAUGCAGCAGCAGAUCAAGGAGCUGGAGGCGCAGCUGGAGGAGGAGUUGCGCGCGCAGGAGACGCUGCAGGACGAACACACACUUCUGGAGCGACGCUGCACCCUGCUGACCGCUGAGGGAGAGGAGAAACACAACACACUGGAGAACACACACCGCGUCUGCAGGACACUGGAGACUGAGCUGCAGGAGCAGAGUGAGAAACACACACUGCUGGAGGAGCAGUUGCAGACGGUGUUGUGUGUGAAGAGGAAGCUGGAGGUGGAUGUUCAGCAGCUGCAGCAGGAGCAUGAGGAGCUGCAGAACGAGCUGCGAGCGGCCAAUGACAAGGCCAAGAAAUCAGCCUGUGAGGCGGCGCGUGUGCUGGAGCAGCUUUGUGUGCAGCAGGAACAUGUCUCUGAUCUGCAGCGUGUGAAGAAGAGUCUGGAGCUGCAGAUCAGAGACACGAGCGGCCGACUGGAGGAAGCAGAGCAGAGCAGUGUGAGGGGGGGGAAGAAGAUCAUGCAGAAGCUGGAGGCGCGGGUGAAGGAGCUGGAGCUGGAGCUGGACGCCGAGCAGAAGAAACACUCUGAGACCACGAAGACUCUGAGGAAGAACGAGCGGCGUCUGAAGGAGCUUCUGUUCCAGUCUGAGGAGGAGCAGAAGAACCAGCAGCGCAUGCAGGAUCAGCUGGAGCGCCUGCAGAACAAGAUGAAGAACUACAAGAGACAAGUGGAGGAGGCGGAGGAGCAGGCGAACAUGAAUCUGGCAAAAUACAGAAAGACGGUUCACGAGCUGGACGAUGCAGAAGAGCGAGCUGAUAUCGCUGAAUCUGCACUCACUAAAAUCAGGACCAAGAACAGAGGCAGCUUCGGCAAGGGCUACUCGUCUGGUUACAGUACGCCGUACCCUGGUCUGCUGAGGUCACCUAGUUCAGUGGGGUCAGAGGGCAGAGGUGAAAAGGUCACCGAUGAUGACGAGUCCAUCAGCUCACUCAUUCCCACAUACCUGAACUCCAUCAAGAAACUGAUGAUCGAUUAGAGCGUCCCAGAGUCAGAACAAAAGAAUCUAAACGUAUGAAUCUCUUUAUUACAUCCUGGAUUUGGGGAAAAAUAAAUGUGGGAAUCUUUUUAUCAUAUUUUGCAAUCAGAAAAACAGAAUCGAAUCAAAUGAAUCUUUUUUUAUUAUAUUCUGGAAUCAGAAAAACAGAAUCGAAUCAAAUGAAUCUUUUUUUAUUAUAUUCUGGAAUCAGAAAAAAGAAUCUAAACAUCUGAAUCUUUUUAUCAGAUUCUGGA